AUGGCAACAAGACCAUCACUUAUGGAGUUGGCGGAGCUGGGGAAAACUCUCGGUUAUGCUGGCGAAGAAUUAAAGGCAUAUCUUCAGGAGAUACAACGAGAAUGGCGACAGGAGGACCGUGAAAGGCGUCAAGAGGAGAUCGAGCGAGAGGAGAGAGAGAGAGAAAGAGAAAGACAAGAACGCAUCAGACUAGCUGAGAUAGCUGCUGAGAAAGAACGAGAGAUGAGAGCUCAUGAACUCCGUCUCAGAGAGCUUGAUUUACAAUCUCAGUCUACCUCUAGUACAGCAGUUAAUGCGCAACCUUCUGUCUCGGAGGCACAUUCUUUUGGCCAUCCUCACCUUCUUGGGCCGAUGUCUUUUCCUUUUCCUCAGUUUAAUGAACGCGAGGAUAGAAUGGAUGUGUUUUUGGAAAAAUUCGAAAACGUUGCUAGGUCUUAUUUGCUGGAUAAAGAGAAGUGGUGUCUGAAACUUUCACUGUCUUUAAGAGGUCCUUCUUAUGAAUGUUAUUCGAGAUUGCCUCCUGGUCAAGAGACCAACUUCGAGUUCUUGAAAAAUUCUUUGCUGAAGAGAUAUGAGUUGACGGCCUCUGCAUAUCGUAACAAAUUUCGUAAUGCUAAAAGAGAGCCGGGAGAAACCAUUUCUCAAUUCUUUUCAAGAAUUAAAUCUUAUCUGCUGAAAUGGCAGAGUUUAGCAUCAUUUACCCAGACCUAUGAAGAUCUAGAGGAAAUGAUAUUGGCUGAACAGCUAAAAGAGUCCAUGUCAAAACCUCUCCAAACCUUUCUGACUGAGAAUGGUGCGGAAAGAAUUGCUGACAUAUUGAAGCUGGCUGAGAGAUUUGAUUUGGCACACCCUGAACAGGUGGGCGCCAGGGCAAAGAUGCACCUUUCAAAAUCCCCUCCCAAAUUUACCGAAAAGCCAACAGAACGUAACACACAUAGGGAACCUGAAUUUCGUAAUGGUAGGUCCAACACACCAAACACUAACAACAUCAAUCAUAGGUACCAUCCACAAGAAAAUCGAAGGGGUGAAGGUCGUGGUCAGCAAUCGUCAGAGUGGAGGGGCAGGCUUUACUGUAAGUAUUGUCGUCUGAAUACACAUAAUACAGCAGACUGCCGAAAGAAACCCCCUCAACUCUGCGCCGCCUGUUUAACAAAUGAUAAACAGGAAAAUACCAGGAUGAACUCUCAUGAUGGGGAGAGACCUCCUGUUGUAGAUACCAUUCUUUUGAACGGCAAAGAAGAGUCUGAGACAUUAAGAUUACCUCUUGCCAAGGUAAACAUUGACUGCAAAUAUGUAAAAGGAACUAUUGUUGCGGGUUGUCUCCCUAACCCAAUAUUUCCAGUUUUACUAGGAUGCAAAUAUUUGUAUCUUGCAGUUCCAAAGACGCCUAUGCUAGUUGGGGCCAUGGAUACCCG